AUGUCGACGUUGGCGCAAACGACGUUCAACUCCGUCAACAUUCUCAUGGGAGUGGGCAUUCUAUCUCUACCAUUCGCGUUUCAAAUCACGGGAUGGGUCGUCGGCCUCACCAUCCUGAUGACCUGUGCCGGCCUGACGCACCACACCGCCAACCUCCUCCGCCAUUGCCUGGACUACAUGCCCCCUGCACCAUCCCUCGCAUCCUCUCUCCGCCCUCUGCUGCAAUCAAAAACGUCCACCCCUUACCGCCGCGCGAUGACCUUUGGCGACAUUGGCGAAAUCGCAUUCGGCAGCAGAGGCAGGAACAUGAUCUCCGUCAUCUUCUGUCUCGAGCUCUCAGCCGCUGGCGUCGCCCUCGUCAUUCUUGCCUCGGACUCGUGCACCGCUAUCUUCCCAUCGUGGAAUGGCACCAUCGUCAAAUGCGUCGCUGUGCUCAUCGCCCUACCGCUGACGCUGCCCAACUCCUUGAAAUGGGCCAGUUAUGCGAGUUUGGUCGGCAUUGUGGCGCUGAUCAACUUGCUGGCUAUUAUUCUGUACGAUGGGUUGACGACGACCGAGACGCCGGGGAGUUUGAUUGUGCCGGCCCAGACGUAUCUGUGGCCGAGGUCGUGGGAAGCUGUGCCAUUGUCGUUUGGGUUGAUUAUGGCUGGGUUUGCAGGCCAUAGCGUCUUUGCCAACAUCUACCGCGACAUGAUCGAACCCACCCACUACCCCAAAAUGCUCAAACGCACCUACAUCAUUGUCACCAUCGUCUACCUCUUCAUUGCAGGCGCAGGGUACGCCAUGUUCGGCGACUUCACCAUGCCGGAAAUCACCCAAAACCUGCCUCUCGUCCCCUCCUACAACCGCUCCAUCACCCACAUGACCCUCUGGCUCACCACCAUCAACCCGCUCACCAAAUUCCCCCUGAACCUAAACCCCAUCAACGUCCAGAUUGAAAACAUCCUCCUCGCCGCACUCCCACCCAACACACUGGGCCUCCCCACCACACGCCCCCUCCCCCUCCUCCCCCGCACCCUCCUCCGCUCCCUCACAGCAGCAACGAUCCUCACCAUCGCCAUAUGCUUCCCCACCUUCCACUCCAUCAUGGGCCUGCUGGGAUCGUUCUGCGCCUUCUCGGUCUGCGUCGUCUUUCCGUCGUCGUGCUACUUGAAGCUGUAUGGCGCAAGGUUGCCCAUGCGCGUGUGGCUCGUCGAGGUCGCGGUCCUGGCGGUGGGCGCCGUGAUGGGGGUGCUGGGGACCAUCUGGGCUUUUGCGAGUUUGAAUGAGUGA